UUCUCGAUUCCCGUGUUUUCGAUUUAAUUUUCCCGUUCUCGUUGUCGUUAAAUCUCUCCGAGAUUUAUUCAUCGACAUUGCAUUGUUAACCUAAUUGUUUCAUCGAAUUUGUUUGUGUUUUUAGGAAAAUUUGACGAUGGCGACGAAAACGCCUGAAGCACCAGCUUCUGGUUCAUGUUACAAGAAGAAACACGAAGCAUCAAAUAUGCUCGAGAAUUUUGUGGAUUGUUUCGAUGAUUUUGUCCAAGCUUCGGUGGAUCAACACAAGGCUCGCUUUAUAAACACCAUCCGAAAGGUUACCGAGAUUCCAAAAGCGAUUAAAGAUAGAUUUCUUCAUCCCAAGGAGCUGUCCUGCAACCAGUGCAGUCUCUUCGGAAAAUCCUAAUUGAAUUUUAAUUACUAGUUUAGUACUUGAUUAUGGAUAUGCUUGUUUUGUUACUACUGCAAUUGCGGGAUUAUAAAGCUUUUGUUUAGCGAAUGAUGAUUUCAAUUGACAAAGGUCGUUUUUGAAAAUUUAAGUAUCGUAUUGUUAUGCUGAUGCGAUAGUAUUGUGCAUGCUGUCGUUACCUGAUUAUACAACUUUAUUCUGAUAAUAUGUUCUGCAAUUUGAAUUUAAAACUAGAUAGCAUACUGAUGAAUUUUGCUUAUCUGUUCUUUCUGAUAGACAUCAAGAAAUAUUCAGCUACUGAGUUUUGUUAAAUAAUGCAAUCGAUUCCAGGUGAGCACCUUUAAGAAUCGAUGAAUUUUUCUGACAUGACCUGAGUAGUUUUUAGAAAUGACAUAGACUAUUAUCACUAGGAAUCAAAAUAACUGGAGCCAAGAGAAAAUAGAAAUUAGUUGUUAGGACAUGCUAAUCUCAGUGACUCUUCUUUUGUUUUCUACUGGGAAUAAUAGUACUCUUAUCCUAACUUCAGAUUCUCCUGGUCCCUCCUACCAUUAUGUGGCUUCAAAUUUUCCUCUCUAGCCCUUAAUUUCUUUAAUGAAUCCAUAAUCCGAUUAGCAAAAUCUGCGAAUAUUGAGACUUCUGACAUAUUUUUAGUUCGUACAGACCAAGAUUUUACUAUUGAUCAUGGCACUCUGAUGUAUUUUCAUGAUUUGCCUAGAACUGCAAUAACUUCCCGCCAUAUUUGUUUUUUGAACUCCUGGUAAAUAUCUCGAUGAAAAAGGAGAAUAGCAGAGACAAUAUACUGCUGAGCUACUCAGCGCGAAGGACAGUGGAAGGUCGUAGCGCUUUACCAGUUGUAAGCUCAGAUGAUAUUGACUUUGAAGAUGUCUUUGGAGGUCCUCCAAGGAGGUUUUCAUAUCAUGAGACAACAAGAUACAGUUCAGAUGGAACAAUGGAUGGUAUAGAAACUGCGAGGUCUCGUAGUUUGAGUAGCGGAACACCAGUGUUUGGGGAAAGAAGUGGUGUGAACAGGAGGACUCAGCAGAGCAAUAAGUUUUUUGAUGACAUAUUCCAGGGUGUCAAAUCUAGGUCCGGCUCUGGCUCAGCCAUUAUGGGGCUGUCUGAGCCGUUUGGGACUUCACUUCCUGCCCAAUUCAGCCUUCCUUCUGCAACAUUGAACAAAGAUGUUGACAACACGACAUUAGCAUCGACUGGGAAUUUUAGAAAGAAAGAAGAUACUUCAAAUGGAAUCAGUUCCUCCAAAUAUUCUCUAUCCAGAUUCUCAAGCCAAGCUGAGCCAGGACAUGAUUUAACACAAUCUAAUCGUCCAAGACCAACUUCAGAUUCUGUAUCUCCAAGAAAUAAGGAAUCAUCAUAUGUGACCAAGUCUGAUGAUGUAGGCUUAAAGAGGAGUGCAAAAAGAGAUUCAGAUAUCACGGAAGCUCCAAAUGGUAUUGAACAUUCUCACUUCUCCAUAUACAAUUGGGCAGGUGGAGAAGCACCUCUAGUGAGGCCUUCUGCUGUUGGAAUCGGUUUAGAAGUCGAUGAGAAUCCUAGCUAUCUGCCUGAGAUAAACAUAUCCGAGAAAAUCAAAAAGGAGGUCCCUGUGGUCACUGAUAAAACCCCCAAACCAGUACCUAAGACUUUAGCACAAGAUGAUGAAGAAAUCACUACGAAGACAGGAGGAAAAGUAUAUGAGGCGAAAGCAACCAAAAAGUCCGGUUCAAAUGUUGGCACCAGUAAUAAUGUAAAGAAAUAUGACGAGAAAAAAAUUGAUUUAAACAGUACUGAAGUGAACAAGGGAAGCACUCAGAGAUCAUCAAAAAUUCCCGAAGGAAAUGUCAAGAGAAGCGGAGUUAGGGGAAAGGUGAAAAACUUUGUUAAAAAGUUCAAUCAAGAAACUAGUUCAAAGCCAAAGAGUAACCUUGGUUCUGGAAGUCAGAGUUUUAGAUCCGAGAGAAAAGCUAAUUACAUAGAAGUUGAUAGCUCAAAUCUUGGUACAUCCAAUAUCGAUGCAGUGAUGCAAUUAUCCAACUUAAACGCAAUGCUAGAUGCUCUCUUUGAGCUGGAUGAAAAUGUUGAACAGCCAGAAAAACAUCAUUCUCCAAUGAAGUCCACAGUGUUUACAACUAUCAAAACUUCUCUUCUUCAAAAUGAUACUUCACCAAGUUCUGAGUCGAUCCCUGAUGAUUCAGAAGUUAGAAGUGACAAAUUAGACGACCACUUCCAAGCGAAAAACAUGGUGCAAGAUUUAUCUGAUAAUCAGGUCGAGUUUCAGCCAAUUAGCAAGGAUCAGGAGGCUAAUAAGACUUUAGAUGCUGAAAUUCUCAAGUGGUCAACGGGAAAGGAAGGAAACAUUCGUUCUUUAAUCUCAACUCUACAAUAUAUUCUUUGGGCAGAGAGUGGAUGGAAGCCGGUGUCUCUGGUGGAUAUAAUUGAGUUAAAUGCAGUAAAGAAAUCGUAUCAGAAAGUUUUACUCUGCCUACACCCUGAUAAACUACAGCAGAAGGGAGCUGAUCCUCAUCAAAGAUACAUUGCAGAAAAAGUUUUCGAUAUUUUACAGGUGUUUCUUUUCUUGCUGAGGGAUCUGGGAUUUUCUUACAAUGCAUCAAACUAUAUCUAGUCUCAAAAUUUUUUCUGUCUGGUAUGAGUGUAAUCUAUGAAAGUGGCAUGAAACUCGUAAAAGGGAAGGGGUGGAUGAUCGAACCUAAGUUCAUUUCAGCACACAUUUAGGGCUUGAAAUUACCACCUGAGUCAGUCUUGAUGUGAAGCUUUGUAAUAUGAUGUCAUAGUUGUCUUGUUUCUGGUUUGAUGUUACAUGGCUACUAAAAGCCUUUGAGUCUUGCUAGUUCCUUCUUAAUCUAUAACACUCGAGGCCCGGCUUGCUUUUCUUG